GUGAAUAAGAAUUUAUCCCUGGGAGUCUUAGGUCCCCAUGAAAUUGGCAGUCGGAGCUUUUAUGCUGCUCUGCUUCAUUGACUCAUCACUGCUCAUUUCUCGUGAAGCUCUACGUUAAGAGAAUUUCCCACAUUACACCUCCUUUUUCCCAACUCUCUGCUCCCUUUAGUCCUUUCACUCUCUCUCUCUCUGAGACACUACAGUGAAAAUGAAAACAUCUGUUCCGUGAAAGCUGUACCAAAGCACAGUACACUCUUUCACCACUUCUCUUUCGUUCCCAGAUAUUAUAAUUCUGCUGCUUCUGCAAUCAAUGCUUUAAUUUCUUUUUGCAAUCAUACCAUGAACCCUUCUUCUACAGACUACAAUGGAGUCCUUAUCUGUGUUCGUUUGAGCUAGUUUGGCUAUCUGUGCUCUUCCUUCAAUAUGGGUUUUUAGAUUUUACUGAUAAAAUCUUUGAUGGGUAUUGAUUUUUUUCAUCCUGAAAUGCUUCACUUUCGAGAAAUCUGAAGUGGGUCUUCUUCAAAAGGUGAGAAAACGAUUUGAGGCCUUUUCUCGGUCGAACACCCCCCCCCCCCAUUGGCUUUCCCUAGAAGCUCUGAACCAGUGUGAAAGAAUUAGCAUUGGAGUUGGUGGCAUCUGCAGUAAUUCGUUUAAUCUCCGUUCUGGGAUUUUCCCGGAAAGAAAAUUUGGUGUUCGGUGUGCAAUCUCUAAGAACUUUUUUGAAUACAGCCCCCAAGAUGGCAUCCUUAUGCUUCUUGUCUCUGUUGCUAGUUGGGUUUCUGUCGAGGUCUCAGCUUGUGGAUGCUCAGCUUCUCCAUGAUGAGACCACAUUGUUAACCAUUAAAAAAGAGCUUGGAGUUUCUGUGUGGGGAGUUAAUAAUGCAGAUUACUGUUCUUGGGCCGGCAUUAUUUGCAGCUGGAACCAGUCAUUCGUGGAAAAGCUUGAUCUCUCUCGUCGUGAUCUCAGAGGUAAUGUCUCUCUUAUUUCUGAGCUCAGAGCUUUGAAGUGGCUUGAUCUUUCUUCUAAUAAAUUUCAAGGAUCAAUUCCUUCUUCUUUUGGGAACUUAUCUGAGCUUGAGUUUCUUGAUUUAUCUUCAAACAUGUUUGGAAACACGAUUCCAAGGGAGUUGGGUAGGCUUGGAAACCUUCAAUCAUUGAACAUUUCUAAUAAUUUGCUUGUAGGAGAGAUACCUGAUGAACUUCAGAGCCUAGAAAAAUUGGAGGAAUUCCAAAUUUCCGGUAACAGGUUGAGUGGGUCUAUUCCAAUUUGGGUGGGCAAUUUGACUAGUCUGAGAGUUUUUACGGCCUAUGAGAAUGAAUUGGAGGGUAAAAUUCCGGACAAUCUAGGCUCGGUUUCGGGGCUUCAGUUGCUGAAUCUCCAUUCAAACGAGCUUGAAGGAUCCAUACCCAGAAGUAUUUUUGCUCUGGGGAAGUUGGAAACUUUGAUUCUCACCAAGAACAAACUAACUGGGAAUUUUCCCGAAUUGGUUGGAAACUGCAAGGGCCUUUCGAGUAUUCGAAUUGGGUACAACAACCUCAUUGGAGUCAUUCCUAAGGCAAUUGGGAAUGUGAGUAGCCUUACUUACUUUGAGGCUGACAACAACAAUCUGUCAGGAGAGAUUGUCUCGGAAUUUGCUCAGUGUUUGAAUCUCACCCUCCUAAAUUUAGCCUCAAAUGGGUUUACUGGAGUAAUUCCUCCAGACCUUGGUGAGCUUAUGAAUCUGCAGGAAUUGAUUCUAUCUGGUAAUAGUCUGUUUGGAGAUAUUCCAAAAUCGAUUAUCAGGUGCAGGAGUCUCAACAAGCUGGAUCUAAGCAACAACCGAUUCAAUGGGACUAUACCAGAAGAUAUUUGCAACAUGUCAAGAUUGCAGUAUCUCCUGUUGGGUCAGAACUCGAUAAGAGGUGAGAUACCACAUGAGAUUGGGAACUGUGUAAAAUUGCUUGAAUUGCAUAUGGGUAGUAACUAUCUGAUUGGAAGCAUCCCUCCUGAGAUCGGUCACAUAAAAAACUUGCAGAUAGCCUUAAAUUUUAGUUUCAAUCAUCUCCAUGGAACAUUGCCCCCUGAGCUAGGUAGACUCGACAAGCUUGUUUCUUUGGAUGUCUCAAAUAAUCAGCUCUCUGGGAAUAUCCCGCCUGAACUUAGGGGCAUGCUGAGUUUAAUAGAGGUUAAUUUCUCCAACAAUCUGUUCACCGGCCCAGUGCCUACUUUUGUACCAUUCCAGAAGAGUCCAAAUUCAAGCUUCUUCGGGAACAAAGGAUUGUGCGGAGAGCCACUGAGCUUGUUGUGUCCAAAUCCAGGUGGUUCAGACCGUGGUUAUCAUCACAAAGUUUCCUACAGGAUCAUUUUAGCUGUUAUUGGUUCUGGUUUGGCAGUUUUUGUCUCGGUAACUAUUGUUGUUAUGCUAUUUAUGAUGAGGGAGAGGCAAGAAAAGGCUUCUAAAGCUGCAGGAGUUGCUGAUGAAGGCACUAAUAAUCGGCCAUUGAUAAUUGCUGGUAAUGUCUUUGUAGAGAAUCUCAAACAAGCGAUAGAUUAUGAUGCUGUUGUUAAAGCAACUUUGAAGGAUUCAAAUAAGCUCAGCAGUGGGACUUUCAGCACUGUUUACAAGGCAGUUAUGCCUUCAGGGCUGACUUUAUCAGCCAAGAGACUGAAAUCCAUGGACAAGACUAUUAUUCAUCACCAAAACAAGAUGAUUAGGGAGCUUGAAAGGCUGAGCAAAUUGUGUCAUGAUAAUCUAAUGAGACCUGUUGGAUUUGUAGUCUAUGAAGAUGUUGUUCUUUUGCUUCAUCAUCACUUGCCUAAUGGGACACUAUUUGAGUUUCUUCAUGAUUCUAUCAAGCAACCUGAUUAUGAACCUGACUGGCCCACAAGACUUUCCAUUGCCAUUGGAGUAGCAGAAGGCUUGGCUUUCCUUCAUCACGUGGCGGUUAUCCACCUUGAUAUCUCUUCUGGGAAUGUACUUCUAGAUUCUGAUUUCAACCCGUUGGUUGGAGAGAUUGAGAUUUCGAAGCUCUUAGAUCCGUCCAAAGGCACUGCUAGUAUCAGCGCUGUUGCAGGCUCAUUUGGUUAUAUUCCUCCAGAAUAUGCAUAUACCAUGCAAGUUACUGCACCAGGAAAUGUUUACAGCUAUGGGGUUGUUUUGCUUGAGAUCCUUACAACCCGCCUUCCAGUUGAUGAAGCCUUUGGUGAAGGGAUAGAUUUGGUGAAGUGGGUUCACGGCGCUCCAGCAAGAGGGGAAACCCCAGAACAGAUCCUUGAUGCGAGGCUUAGCACGGUCUCCUUCAACUGGAGAAAGGACAUGCUCGCAGCUCUGAAGGUUGCCCUACUUUGCACAGACAGCACACCUGCCAAGCGGCCCAAAAUGAAGAAAGUGGUGGAAAUGCUUCAAGAAAUAAAGCAGAACUGAUUAAUAGUAGUCAUUUGGGUUUUCCAUGCUUCUGAAUCCAUGGGAUAAAGAAUUCGGUAUGUUUGAAGUUCUCUUCCUUCAGGAAAUGGAUAUAAAUUAUGUAUAUUUCAACACAUCUUAAUCAGAAAACGACAUUCCUGAAGGACAAGAUGGUGAGCCCAUAUAUGCUGGUUCGGGUGGAUUUGUGUUGUCCGAUUAUCCACUUGUUUUGUAUCACAGGUUUUAUUAGAAAUGGCGACUUGUUGUAAUCCUCAUAUUGGAAAUGAAAUUGAGUUGGUAGGUUACUGCAGGAAAGAUCCUCAAAUAUAAGGGGAUUAUCCUCAAGUUUUUGGGAUGUAUUUAUGCCUGCAACUGUAUUAUUGAGAUUUCUAGUCUAGGGAAACAAGCAUGUGGAUCUGCAUGUAUAAGCUUUUUGACCUCCAUUACAUAACUAAUGAAUUCCCAUGUCUACCAUGAUGGAAGAACUCCCUACCACCCUAUAUCUAUA